AUGUACGACUUUGGCCACCAUUCGUCCUUGAUGAUGGAAGCAAGAGCUUCCGCCGCACAAGACGAACCUAUUUUCAAACUAUACCAUUACAAUCCAACCAUUGCUGGUGCCAUCAUUUUCGUUGUUUUAUUCGUCGGAACAACAGGAUUUCACUUCUAUCAACUUUCACGGUCUCGUUGCUGGUUCAUGAUCCCUUUCGCCCUUGGGGGAAUCCUGGAACUAAUUGGCUACGCGGCCCGCGCCCGCUCCGGCCAAGAGUCACCAGACUGGACACUAGUCCCUUACAUUAUCCAGGCUCUCCUCAUUCUCGUCGCUCCAGCCUUAUUCGCCGCUACGAUUUAUAUGGAGCUUGGCCGUAUUGUAACUUUGAUAGACGGGGAAGACCUGACUCUCAUUCGCAAGGCAUGGAUGACCAAGCUUUUUGUGUGCGGCGACAUACUGUCAUUCAUGGUCCAAAGUUCAGGCGGUGGCCUUCAGGCCACUGGUGGAGCGUCAAUGAUGACCACUGGCGCAAACAUCACCGUCGCGGGCCUCUUUAUUCAGCUUCUUUUCUUCGGCCUUUUCAUCGUUGUCGCUGUUGCUUUCUAUGUGAAAGUCUGUCAAUAUCCUACAGCUUCGUCUCACAAAGUCGCCUGGAAGAAGCACAUGGUAGCUCUCUUCAUUGCCAGCUUGCUUAUCAUGGUGCGCUCUGUGUUUAGGGUGGCUGAAUACCUGCAGGGCUUUGAUGGUUACUUGCUCAGUCACGAAGCAUACCUAUAUGGUUUUGAUGCUUUGCUGAUGUGGCUCACCAUGGUACUUCUCAACUGGAUUCAUCCUGCCGAGAUCCUUGCUUUACGUUUGCGGCACAUAAGAAAACAGGCUGAUUACGUCAUGGACGACGUUCCCAGCGGACACCACAGACUGAGGUCGGAUCUGGCGUAG